AGGUUCCGAGAGCAACGUUUCAGUCGUGGAUAUUGCUGUGCCGGUCCGCCUCGAUCGAGCGAUGGGAAGAAAGUCCAAAACGAAGGCGUCGUUGGGCAAGGCGCCGCCAGGGUCCCCGAAAGACUCGCCCGUCUCGCCCCCGCAGUAUGCCGACGUCGUUCCAGCGUCGCCCACAUACGGCUCUGGCCAGCCACUGCUGCAUGUUCGCCGCAAUGCAUACUUUGAAGCGGACCGCAAGUGCCGCGACGUCCUGUGCGGCGUGCUCUUUGGAGCGUUUUGGGUCGGCAUGGCCACGAUCUCCAUCUUUGCGUACCAGAACGGUAACGUGGGUGCGCUAGUGUACCCGAUGGACCAUUCCGGCAAACUUUGCAACGCGUCGGCCCCGGUUGCAUUCUACCCGCAUCCGACGUUGGACAUCAAAAGUCCGUACUACUACGGGAUCUGCGUCGCCGAGUGCCCGACGAAAGGCCAGGUCGUGAGCGGCAUCGCUGUCGAGUACGACACAGUCAACGUGUUCCACCGGUGCGUGCCAUCCAAUUUGACGGCAGUCAGCGACGACGUCGCGGACGAUUACGCUGGGAUUUUGGGCCGCGCAGCGACCAAUUUCAAGUUGCUCUCGCGCUUCAUCGAAGACAUCCGAAAGACGUGGCGCCCGAUCGUUGGCGUGAGCUGCGGGAUCGGGUUUCUCGGGUCGGUCCUGUGGAUGGCGCUCAUGCACCGGUUUCCCGGAACCGUCGUAUGGGGCAGUUUGUUUGUGUCGGUGGCGACGCUGGUCCUGGCGACGGGAGUCGCGGCCGUCCAGGCCAACUUUAUCCAAAGCGAAGUGAUCUCGACCGCGAUCGCGGCUUCGUUUGAGCUUCAACUGGAAAACUACUACGAAACUGGGUUCAAGUACAUCACGGUGGUCCUCUUGACUAUCACGGCGCUCUUGAUCCUUGUUCUCGCGUUUAUGUUUUCACGCGUGCGCCUCAGUGUUGGCGUUAUCCACGAAGCAUGCCGUGGCAUCGGGCACUUGCCGUCGCUGUACGUAUUCCCGCUCUUCCAGAUGGGCAAGCUCGUCGCGCUCUUUGUUUACUUUGUCGCGUCAUCUCUGUACAUUGCGAGCUGCGGCAACAUUUCGCUGGCCGACUUGGAGAGCGUCGUCUCGACCGGCCAAGCGCAGGGCAACGUCAACACCAAGGUCGUGGAGGCAGCGGUGCCGACACUCACGAUCGAAUAUGGCAAUGGCACGACGCAGGGAUCGAACUGGAUGAAGGCGUGCUUCGCGUACAACGUGUUUGGCAUCUUCUGGACGCAGCAGCUCAUCGAAGCGGUCACGAUUUGCACCAUUGCGGGCGCGAUCGCGCGGUUCUACUGGUGUGAUUCGUCCGACCAGCUCGGAUUUGCUGUCAUGAAAUCGUACGGCCACAGCUUUCGGUACCAUUUUGGAUCACUCGCAUUUGGCGCGGCGGUCGUUGCCGUCGUUCAGUUCUUCCGCGUCGUUCUCGAAUACGUUGACCACCAGACCAAGCAUGCGCAAAAUUCGGUGGUCAAAGUCGUGCUGUGCUGCUGCCGCGCGUGCCUCUGGUGCCUCCACAAAUUUGUCAAGUUUUUGAGCCGCAACGGGUACAUCGUGAUCGCCAUGAAAGGGUCGUCGUUCUGCGUGGCGAUCGUCGACGCGUUCGAGCUCGUGUCGGCCAACCUGUUGCGCAUCGGGACGCUGUCCAUUGUGUCCACGUUUGUCAUGUUCAUGGGCAAGAUGUUGAUUGCUGCGGUGUGCACGCUACUUGUGUUCUGGGAUAUCACAGACUACGAGGUCGAUCUGCACCUGUCAAGCCCGUUCCCGACGCUCGUCAUUACGGCAGUUCUCGCCUACUCGAUUGCGUCGCUCUUCUUCAGUGUGUUCGAAAUCGCAAUCGACACGGUGCUCCUGAGCAUCUGCGAAGACGAAAAGCUCAACCGAACCACGGCCAAGUAUUACGCGUCCAAAGAGAUUCGAGCGUACCUAGACAACUCGGCCCACCACGCCUUUGAUCAUCACAAGCAGAUCGAGAGCGCCAAGCGCACGGACGUCCGAGUGUGAGCAUCGUGGCGCGAGAGAUGGAGUUGGCGACGGUUGAAAUUUGCAUGUUAACGCGUAAAGUACGUUUUGUUAAGUACGACCGUUACACGUGGAUCGG